AUGCUUCCACUGUCCUUGAUUCGUGCGGCCGUCAACCACCCCAUGUUGGUGGAGCUGAAGAACGGCGAGUCCUACAACGGCCAUUUGGUCAACUGCGAUCACUACAUGAACAUUAUCCUACGCGGCGUCACUCUCACCUCCAAGGAUGGCGAUCGGUUCUGGAAGCUCAAGGAAUGCUACAUCCGCGGCAGCACCAUCAAGUACCUGAGGUUGCCCGAUGAGAUUAUCGACAUGGUCAUCCAGUCAGAGAAGCGGCCUCGUGGCGGGCGCAAGACGCGCGGGCGUGGCGGUGGUCGUGGUCGUGGUCGUGGUCGCGGUGGCCGCGGGCGUGGCGGUGGUCGCGCAUAA